AUGAGCUGCUCUGCUGUCAUAUAUGUAGCAAGAAACCCUAAAGAUGUGGCUGUGUCUUAUUACUACUUCCAUAAGAUGGCCAAGUUCCUGCCAGAGUCAGGCACCUGGAGGGGACUGGUUAUGCACUAUGGUUCCUGGUUUGAUCAUGUGAAAGGUUGGACCAACAAUGCAAGAAAUAUUCAUAACUUCCUCUAUGUCACAUAUGAAGAGAUGUCACAGACUCUACAUGCCUCUUUGGAGAGAGUGCGUGAAUUCCUGCAGUGCCCUCUUGUGGAGGAGGAGCUAACCAGCACCUUGAAGAGCUGCAGUUUUAGCAGCAUGAAGAAGAACUGCAUGGUGAAUUACUCACUUAUUCCCCAGGAAAUCAUGGACCACAGGAAGAGCAAAUUUAUGAGGAAAGGUAAAUAUGAAGACUGGGUAAACACUUUCUCAGAGGAACAAAGCCGCACCUUUGAUGCCAUCUACACUUCCAGGAUGGCGGACACCUCUCUGACGUUUGUGUGGUGUAACCCAGAACAGGAGCCAAUGCUGAAGUCAAGGAGAGACCCAGACCACCACCAGGCUCACCACAUCCUGGAACAGAACCUUGCAUAA